AUGACGCGCGCCGAUGAAAGCCUUCGGGAAGCCAGCUCGCCGACAAGUCUUCUUACGACAAAGGCCAAGACCAGGAUAGGGACCUGGAACAUCAGAACCCUAUACGAAAGUGGAAAGUCAGCGCAGGUGGCCAGCGAAAUGAGAAAAUACAACAUCAAAGUUCUCGGACUAUGUGAGACCCGAUGGAAUGGAAGCGGCCAGACCAGACUGUCUUCUGGAGGAACUAUCAUCUACUCCGGACAUGAAGACGCGGACCACGACCACACCCAAGGAGUCGCGCUACUGUUGGCGCCGGAGGCUACAAGGGCUUUGAUGGCGUGGGAACCUGUCUCACCAAGACUGAUGUCAGCAAGAUUCAACGCCAAGGGCAGAAAAACAACCAUCAUCCAGUGCUACGCACCUACAAACGCAGCGGAAGAAGAAGAUAAAGCAGACUUUUACAGUGCUUUGCAGUCUCUUCUAGACGAGACACUAAGAAGAGACAUGAAAAUCGUAAUGGGCGACUUGAACGCCAAAGUGGGAAGUGACAACACAAACAGAGAACUCAUCAUGGGCAGGCAUGGCGUAGGAACCUGCAACGAGAACGGAGAGCUGUUUACAGAUUUCUGUUCAUUCAACGACCUCGUCAUAGGGGGCACCAUCUACCCACACAAGAAGAUCCACAAGACAACGUGGACUUCACCAGAUGGAAAGACUGAUAACCAGAUAGACCACUUCACCAUAGACCGCAAGUGGAGACGGAGUGUGAUGGAUGUCAGAGCAAGGCGCGGCGCCGACGCAGCCUCAGACCAUCAGUUGCUUGUGGCAACAGUGAAGACCAAGCUGCGAUCCUUCUGUGACUCAUCUGGCAGACCACAUCACAAGUUCAAUAUACAGUUUUUGAAAGACAGUAAGAAGAAAGAAGAGUUCAACUGUGAUGUCAAGAACAAGUUCGAAGCGCUAGCAGAUCUGGUUGAAGAGACAGUAGAGAACCACUGGGCUGAACUACAGAAGACCUGGAAGACCGCUUGCACCAAUGUUCUGGGGAAGAAGGAGAGAGAGCAGAAAGAAUGGCUGUCACAAGAAACGUGGAAGAAGAUUGAAAAGAGGAGAGAACUAAAGCAGCAGAUAAACAGAU